AUGGGCGCGAAUAUCUCAGGUGGUUUGCCGGAGUUUGACCGGAACGGUGAAGGCUACUCGAGGAAACCCAGAUUGGUGGAUUUACCGGAGAACUGUGUAGCGUUGAUUAUGAUGCGGCUUGAUCCACCGGAGAUUUGCCGUCUCGCUCGUCUCAACAGGGUUUUCCGUCGCGCAUCGUCUGCUGAUUUCAUAUGGGAAGCGAAGCUUCCACCGAAUUAUCUGGUUAUUGCACGGAAAGUGUUUGAUGAGAUCGCUCUGAGGAAAAUGAUUAAGAAAGAUGUUUAUUCCAAGCUUACCCGGCCCAAUCUCUUCGACGGUGGCACAAAGGAGUUGUGGAUAGAUAAGAACACGGGUCGUCUUUGUGUAUCGAUUUCUUCAAAAGCACUAAGAAUCACUGGAAUCGAUGAUCGGAGAUACUGGAGUCAUAUCCCUACCGAUGAUUCCAGGUUCCACUCGGUUGCAUAUGUUCAACAGAUAUGGUGGUUUGAGGUAGGAGGAGAGCUCGAGAUCCAGUUUCCGGCUGGAACAUACAGUCUCUUCUUCCGUGUCCAGCUCGGGAAAACGUCCAAGCGACUUGGACGCAGAAUCUGCAACUCUGAACACGUUCACGGAUGGGACAUCAAGCCUGUUAGGUUCCAGCUUGCAACUUCAGACAACCAACAAGCUGUUUCGCUCUGUCAUCUAGACAACAACCCUGGAAUCUGGAGUCACUAUCACGUCGGAGAUUUCAAGGUGGUGAAUCGAGAUUUGUUAACAGGAAUCAAAUUCUCCAUGACUCAAAUCGAUUGCACCCACACGAAAGGUGGGCUAUGUAUAGACUCUGUUCUUAUAUUACCUAAAGAAAGUGCACAAGAGCCCAUUGGAUCAAAAUAG